UUUGGUGCUCGGCUCUGAGAGGGGAGGGAACCCGUCGGAGAAAGCGGGAGCCCGGCGCUCUGCCCCUCCCGUUCCCCCUCGUCCGGCGCCGAGGCACCGUAGCGGGAUACCCUCGUCGCCUUCUCGGGCCGCCCGUCUUUGCCUCCCGCCGCUGCUCCUCGCAGCCCGCCCGGGCCCGAUUGAGGCGGGAAGGAUGAUGCCCCGCACACCGCGCCGCUGAGCAGAUCGGGGCCCUGAGCGCCGCGCCUGGCCGGCCCCGCCCGGCUCUCCUCGGGCCUCCGCCUCAGCGGCACGGGGCUUCCUUCUCCGCAUCCCCCGUCCCCGGGCCGCCCAUCCCCGGGCUGGGCGCUUCCUCCUCGCCCCCGGCCCCGCCGCCUGCCCGUCCGGGCCUUCCCCUCCCCGGCUCUCCUCCUCCCGCCGGGCCUCCGGGCUCUUGGCCUUCCUCCCCCGCUCCCUCACCCUUCCCCGCCCGGAGCCAUGUCCUCCGCCGCCCGGUUCGAUUCGUCGGACCGCUCCAGCUGGUACGUGGGCCCGGUGUCGCGGGCGGAGGCGCAGACGCGGCUGCAGGGGCAGCGGCACGGCAUGUUCCUGGUGCGGGACUCGUCCACCUGCCCGGGGGACUACGUGCUCUCGGUGUCCGAGAACUCCCGGGUGUCCCACUACAUCAUUAACUCCCUGCCCAACCGCCGCUUUAAGAUCGGCGAUCAGGAGUUCGAGCACCUGCCCGCCCUGCUGGAGUUCUACAAGAUCCACUACCUGGACACCACCACCCUCAUCGAGCCCGCGCCCAGGUAUCCGAGUCCACCAAUGGGAUCUGGAUCUGCCCCUGCUAUGUCCGCUGCCGAAGAAAAUGUGGAAUACGUUCGGACUCUCUAUGACUUUCCUGGCAAUGAUGCUGAGGAUCUCCCAUUUAAAAAGGGCGAAAUACUGGUAAUUGUAGAGAAGCCAGAAGAACAGUGGUGGAGUGCCAGAAACAAGGAUGGUCGGAUUGGGAUGAUUCCUGUUCCUUAUGUAGAAAAGCUAGUCAGAUCUUCUAUCGGGAAGCAUGGGAACAGGAAUUCCAACAGUUACGGUAUUCCAGAACCCGCCCAUGCUUAUGCUCAGCCUCAGACCACAAGUCCCCUUCCCACAGUAUCCAGUACACCCGGAGCAGUGAUCAAUCCUCUGCCAUCGACGCAGAACGGACCAGUCUAUGCCAAAGCUAUCCAAAAGAGAGUACCCUGCGCUUAUGACAAGACUGCACUGGCAUUAGAGGUUGGAGAUAUCGUGAAGGUUACAAGGAUGAAUAUAAACGGGCAGUGGGAAGGAGAAGUCAACGGUCGGAAAGGGCUCUUCCCAUUCACACAUGUCAAAAUAUUUGACCCUCAAAACCCAGAUGAGAAUGAAUGAUUCCCCGAUCUGAUUUACACUGCUGCUUCCCUUUCCUGGCUCUCAUUAGCAUUGUUUGAGGUGGGAUGAUGGCUAAAUGGCACAUUGCUAGCAUUGCCCAUUUUUCCAGCUUGCUGCAGUUUGACAGUUCUUUUAAUACACAUUUGGAAUACACACAACUGAAGUCACUGCCUGACCUUCAUACCAUAGAUACAUCAACCAGAAUUUGGUUUCACUUUUAAAACUGUACUGGGCCUUAAGCUGGAGAAGACUGAAGCAUACAGGUAUAUAGCAGACAAGCAUGGGAAGAAAACCUUUCCUCUUGAGACUUCCAUGGACUUGUUCUGGCCUGCUCAGUAAGAAGAGCCCGAAUCUUAGAGAAAACAAGCGACUCAUGUGUUACUGUCCAACAAAAAGCAACAACAAAAAUGCAAUUUUAGGACUGAAGACGACUUAGUUUUAAGAGAACCUGCCCUAAGGUAGUACACUUACAAUGAUGGUCUCUUUAAAGGACAUUAAUUGAAGCCUAUGUAUUCUAAGCAGUUGCAUUAGAAGCUGCUCAUUUCUGUUAACUCUUAAGCUUGUUGUUGACCUUCCUGAAAGUGUGUGUUAAAUACAAAUAACCAUUGAUUGAGCUGCGUUGAAGCUGAGGCAUUUAUUUAUAAGGAAACUUAGGAGGGGUUCAUACUUGUAACCCAUUUUUGACAUACUUAAAGUAUUUCUGUUGAUUUUGCAAGCACUAACUGUAGUAAGUGAGCUUUAAAGGGAAACACUUUGGCCUGGUCUACAGAGAGCCCUUCUGCAGCGUUGGAAGUAUAGUUUUACUAACGUAGUAGUGCUUGUCACCAAGCUGUUAUUUGGUAGGCAAAUGGAUCAGACUGCCACGGAGUGAAAAGUACAAAAGGAACAGGAUAGAACACCUUGGUAAAUACUGAUAAAAUCCUAUCAUUUGAACAUAAACCUUUUAUACCCAUUUCUCUGCAGGCUCCCUUAUCACUCCCAAGUUUCCCAGCUAUUCCAGCCCCAACUUGCUGAAGAUUCCUCUUAGAACACAGUACCUUUUUCUCCAGGGUGUCUCCACGUUGCUCUGCUCCUCUUCCAGAACUGCUUUCUUCUUUCUUUUUUCCUCUCCUAUCACAAAUCUUUUGCAUGCUACAGUUUUCACCCUUCCAAAGGUGUUGGCUCUGGCUUAUAUAUGCCCCAGGCCCCUCCUACUCCCAGCAUACUCUAGAAAAUGGUUAAUUGGAGUCAGCUGCCAAGGUUGUCCCCUCUGAUCAUUAACAUUCAGGCUGGAGGAGGCCACACAGGUGUCUGUUAGCAGUACAGCUUUCUCUCCCCUUUUCUGUAGAGAAGCUCUAUGACAGUAAUUGCACCCUCAGUAGGGAACUAUAUGGCUGUAGCUACGUGAGUAUUAUUGAUGCCAUGCAGGUCAAGUCCUUAGCCUGUUCACAGGAUGUGAAAGCUUAGGUACAGUAGGAUCUUCUGCCUUCUUUAGCUGUGUUCUCUAGGUGAACUGGAACACAUUUUUAAAAUAAUUGAGCAUGGAUUUAACAGAAUACAGCCUGGGUAAGGAAAAAUGUCUGCUGCGGAAAACCAGGAAUAUCUGACAGGAAAACAGUAGUGCCCCAGUGCAUUCAUUUCUCAACGUUUGAAGCUGUCCAUGGUAGCAAAAAGAGAAACUUCAGACACCUGCGAAAGCUCACUGCUUCGUAGAAUGUCACCUUAUGUCAUUAUCUUCAGUUCAGUGCGUUUUCUUGUUGAUUGCGUCACUUGAUCCUCAUAAAAGUACAUGGUUCUCACUCAUCUGAAAGUGCCAUGAGAUCCUUGAACGGAAGACACUGAACAAGUGUUAAAAUGGCACUUCCCAAAUGUAAAAUGCUGUUGUGUUUGGUUUUCUUAAAGAAACGCUCGGUUCAUCGGUUAGUUAUCUAUCUUUUGUAGUAUUAAUCAAGUGGCUGACAGUCUAGAAGUUCUCUUGUAGAGCAUUUUACUACCAGAUUAACUGUGAAGUAGAGUAGCAUUGACUGAAGUGUUUGGUGCUGUACGAGUAACUCUUGACAAUAGGCAUCGACAGGUUGUCUUGCAACGAGAAGCUAUGCAGCUCUAACUAGAGGAGGUCAGGAAUUUCCGUGCCCCAGCUCCACCUGUACGUUUACGACACGGCUUGUACUACUGAAAGUCAUCUUGUGAAUGCAGCAGCUGCACGAAGCUCCGUCUGCUGCAGAGAAAUCUCCCUUCAGGCGUGCCCUGGCUCCGGGCAGCUCCUCAGAAGACUGCUUGUGGCAUUCCUCCUUUGCAUGUCCAAGUCCGUAAAUAAAUACUGUGAGAUUUGAGAUCCCGAACGUAGCUUUGAACCUGGUGUUUUUUUCAUGCAAAUGAGCGUCCUGACUCAUCUCCCCACUGGAUAAGGUGUCCGCCUCGACCGCAAGCGUUGAUUCGGGUUGAAUUAUGUUGUGAUACGGCAGAAAAGCAAAAGAUUUUCCUUCAAAACUAUGCAAAAAUGGUGCGUAGGGGCAUCUGAUGCAAAGAAAAGAAUUCCUGACUUCCCGUGAUGCUGAUGUGGGGCCCAGACGAGCGGUGUUUCUCUGGAGCAGCGGCGUGACGGGUGACGUUAGGCGCGGUUCAAAUGUAGCGCACUGAGCAACCUCCGCUGAUCGUAAACUUGCUUCAGAACGUGUCUUUGCCAUUGUACUAUCAAACAUUUUCAAACAGAGACUGCAGCUGAUCCCUGUGUGGUUUUCUCUGGAGGACUGUGGCUUCUCAGCCGCUCGCUGCCACGCGUGCCGCCUGCCGCUUUACACUCGCGUUUGGGCAGUAACCCGUCAGUGUCAGCGCUCCCUGCGAGCGCGAGGCACCCGCAGCACCAAGUGUCUGCCCGCGAGCGAUGGCUCCCAUCCGUGCAGCACCAGGACAGCUCGUGCUGCUGCACCAGCAGCUGCUUCAGUGCCGUGGUGCCACACGGGCUCCCCACGAUGGAAGGCUCGCUGCUGCCUUCCUCCCGCUGCGCACGUGUGUGUACCGACACUGAGGCCGCUGAGAACCGGCCUGAAAGUUUCCAUGAGAACUGUUGGCAUCGGUGUCCAUCACUGGAGAAGCGCUAAUUUAAUUCGCGAUUGUUUACAAAUUGGGAAGAAUAAGCAAAAGGGAAUAAUAUCCUGUUUGGGGUGGGGGCUCUGAAGAGCCCGAGCGUUAUUUUUGUAAAGGGAAAAACAGCAUUCUUCGUGCCAUUUCAUGUGCCUGUAAAGUAAUUUUUUUAUAUUAUAUUAACAUCCCGGGAACGAGUGGGCCGCCUUUGUUUUCUAGUCAAGUUUUCGAGCGUUUUUCUCAAUACCUGCAUUUGAGAGCGAGACCUGCCUGCAAGACUGCCUGCUGGGACCAGCGGGAGCACCCCCCAGCUGUGCUCUGCCCUCCUGCUAAAUGAAAACGUGUUCUGGGGACAAGGAUACAGUUACUGCGGUGGGAAAGGUGGCCUUGUAUUUGAGACAGUCUUCACUGUGUAAACUUUAAAACACAAUCUGUAAUUUAAAGACCGUGAACUUCAGGCAAUAAUAUUAAAGUGUAAGCUUUUAAAGUUUAUUUUGGGGAUGACGGCUUGUUUUAUUUUUUGUGCUACAAAAUUAACAGUAUUAAAUGAACUAUAUUCUUAGAACACACGGAGUGUCUUUUCUUAAGAUUAGUGCCUUUUUAAUUUCUUACUCCACUCCACAGAGCUGGUCCCAACAUCAAGCCACUGUUGUUUUUUGUUUUGUUUUUUUUCCAGUGCCCUGCUUGUACAGUCUAAAUAAAAGUUGCCUCAACUUCCA